AUGAAAAUUCUUGUUCUGUUUUUUAGUUACAGCAUAUUUGUUCUGCCUUAUUCUAAUUUGGUGUACGGAAUAUCAAAGGAUAGAAAAUGUUGUGAAUAUGGGAAUUCUGUUGACAACAAUAAAAUGCUAUAUGUAGCUGGUUCAGUAAGAAAAAGAAGAAAAACAUUUAAAAAUAAGAGAAAUAUUUCAAAUUUUGAAAGAGAAGGAAAUCCAAAUGGAUAUAAAUGCGUUGGCAGUAAAGGAAUAUAUGCCACGAAACAAAAUUCGGAAUUUGAUGCAACUAGAAAUAAGGAAGAAAAUAUUAAAGGUUGUUAUAGUAAUGAAAAUGCACAGGAUGAGGAAAAAAAUAAAAAGGUGAAAAUACCGAAAGUUGGAAAUGCAAUGCCAGAAAAAAAACCUGAUUGGUUUCAUGUACCUGCACCAAGUGGUGAAAAAUAUAAAAAAUUAAAAGCAGAUUUAGGUAAAUUAAAACUUCAUACAGUUUGUGAAGAGGCACAAUGCCCUAAUAUUGGAGAGUGCUGGAAUAUUGGAACAGCUACUAUUAUGUUAUUGGGUGAUACAUGCACACGAGGGUGUAAAUUUUGUUCAAUAAAAACUUCAUCAAAACCACCACCCCCAGAUAUUAAUGAACCUUUUAACACAGCUAAAGCAAUUUGUGAAUGGGAUAUAAAUUAUAUUGUUUUAACUUCAGUUGAUAGAGAUGAUUUACCCGAUGGUGGCGCAGAUCAUUUUGCUAAAACUGUAGAGUUAAUCAAAUUUUCAAAGCCUAAUAUUUUGAUUGAAUGCUUAGUUUCCGAUUUCCAAGGAAAUAAAGAUUCAAUAAAGAGACUUGCAUUAAGUGGGUUAGAUGUAUAUGCACAUAAUAUAGAAACUGUUAAACGUUUACAGAAGUAUGUAAGAGAUAAAAGAGCUAAUUAUGAACAAUCGCUGUUUGUAUUAAAAACAGCAAAGGAAAUUAAUCCAAAUUUAUAUACUAAAACUAGCAUUAUGCUAGGGUUAGGGGAAACAGAAGACGAAAUAAUACAAACUAUGAAAGAUGCUCGAUCGAAUGACGUAGAUGUUAUAACAUUUGGGCAAUACUUAAGGCCAACUAAAAAUCAUCUAAAUGUUGUUGAAUAUAUUUCACCGCAAAUGUUUAAUUAUUAUAAAGAUGUUGGUUUAAAAAUGGGUUUUAGGUAUAUAGCUAGUGGUCCAUUGGUUAGGUCGUCUUAUAUGGCAGGGGAAUAUUUUAUGAAAAAUAUGGUGGAAAAGGGAAGAAAUCAGAAAAAUCAACAAAUUAAACCGGUCGAAGUCAGCAAAUAA